AUGUUCGGGCUGAGGACUCCGCCGAGGAUCCCAAGGAGAGCGAGUGCAGCCACACCACCAGAGCCGGCAGCCAAUACCAGCGUACGGCGCAGUAUCGGGGAGAUUGAGGCGAAAAUUGCCCCAAAAUCUGCAACAAAAAGCAGGACAGAGGAGGCACGCCUAUGCAAUAACAAGGCGAAAUCCAACUUGGCCCUGUUCAAAAACCUCCGCCGAGACCUCAAAGACGACACCGCGGCUCAGGUGGAAAAGCUGUACAGGCUAGUAAAGGAGUCAGAAGCGGAACUAGAAAAGCUAAAGGUAGAAAGAAGAAAGGAGAAGGGGACAUCACCGGAAAAGGAGAAGGAAGCCGAGAAGAACAAGGAAGAAGAAGAGAAGAAUAAGGAGAAAGGAGAAAUAGAGAAGAAAAUGGAAGAAAUUAUGGACGGGAUAAGAGAAAACAACAGAAUACUAAGGGAAAAUGCAGAAAGGAUGGAAGAGAUACAGAGAGAAGCAAAAGAGAGUAGAGAGAAAGAACAGGAAGCAAGGGCAAUGCAUGCGACGUACGCCGAGGCGACAGCCACUGGGAAAGGAAGACGCACAGAGGAGAGGAAAACCUUACACUCGGUGGUCGUCGCCUCAAAGGACGAAGAGGACUCAGCGGAGGUAGUCCUGGAAAAGAUCAGGGAGACGGUCGAUGCAAAGGAGGGUUGGGUCCGUGUGGAGCGUGUCAGGAAGGCCAAGGAUCGGAAGGUGAUUGUGGGGUGUGCUGGGGAAGCGGACAAGGCGAAGAUCAGGGAAAGGCUGAGGAGUGCAGGGAAGGGACUGGUCGUCGAGGACGUGAAGAACAGAGACCCCCUUCUGGUUCUCAGAGACGUGCUAAAAGUGCACUCAGACGCGGAUGUGCUAAAAGCGCUCAGAAACCAGAACGGGGCUGUUUUUCGCGGCCUCGGAAAGGAGGAGGACAGAGUAGCGGUCAAAUAUAGGAAGAGGGCAAGGAACCAACACACCACACAUAUUGUACUGGAGGUCUCACCCGCCAUCUGGAAGAGGGCACUCGAGGAAGAUCGUCUCCGUAUCGACCUGCAAAGGGUCCGGGUAGACGAUCAAUCCCCCCUGGUGCAGUGUACCAGGUGCUUAGCCUAUGGGCACAGUAAGCGGUUCUGCAAAGAACACGCGGACCUGUGCAGCUAUUGCGGGGGACUGCACCAGAAGAACGAGUGCCCUGACUGGAGGGCGGGGGCGACACCCAGCUGCAUAAAUUGCCACCGAUCCAAGGCUGAGGACACGGGCCACACGGCAUUCAAUGAUGAGUGCCCUGUGCGUAGGAGAUGGGACUCGCUGGCCCGGGCAUCAGUAGCAUACUGCUAA